GUCUUCAAAUAAAUGACCCCUAAAAACAUAAAAAUGUAAGUUUGGUUUUUCCGGCGAAAUGCAAUUUAAUCGAAAACCUUGUUUUCCGUUACGGUUACUAUGGCGGCAAAAGCACAAAGAAACGUCCUCUCAAUUUUGUAUGCAAAAAGGCAAUUCUCCGUAUCGGCAAAUAAGGUCGGAAACUUACUGGUCGUAGCAUCAAUUACAAAAGCAUUAAUAGAGCCAGGUGGAACACGUAACCUAGAUGAUUCAAUUCCUUUAUCGGAAAACCUAGUCCUUCAAAUUCUCCGUCGCAACAAUUUGGACGCUGCUACCAAAUUGGAUUUCUUCAAAUGGUCUUCUCUCAGGUCCAAUUUCAAACACUCAGCUGAAACUUAUUCUCAGAUAUUCAGAUCCAUUUGCUAUAGUCAUAAUCACCGCGACGAUAUUUUUCUACUGCUAAACUCCAUGAAGGAUGACGAAGUGUUGCUUAAUUCGUCCACAUUUAAAUUGCUACUCGACUCGUUUACUCGAACCGGUAAUUUCGAUUGCGCCCUAGAGAUUUUGGAAUUUGUGGAGAGAGAUUUGGAUAAUUCUAGCUGUUUAAGUCCUGAUGUGUAUAAUUCUGUACUUAUUGCUCUUGUACAAAAAGAUCAAGUUAAUUUAGCUUUGUCAAUUUUCCUUAAACUGCUGGAAACUAAUGAUGAGAAUAGCAUUGGGAUUAGCAGUGCCGUUGCGUGUAAUGAGUUGCUUGUUGGUCUUAAGAGGGCUAAUAUGAGAGCUGAAUUUAAACAAGUUUUUGAUAAGCUUAGGGGAAAGGGUGUAUUUCCGUUGGAUAGAUGGGGAUAUAAUAUAUGCAUUCACACGUUCGGAUGUUGGGGGGAUUUGUCUAGUUCUUUGAGUCUUUUUAAAGAAAUGAAGGAAAGGGGAAGUUGGUUUAGUCCCGACUUGUGCACUUAUAAUAGCUUGAUUCAUGUGCUUUGCUUGCUCGGGAAGGUUAAGGAUGCUUUUGUUGUGUGGGAGGAAUUAAAGGGAUCUUCGGGGUUGGAACCUGAUGCUUAUACUUACCGAAUUGUUAUACAAGGUUGCUCUAAGGCUUACCUGAUAAACGAUGCGAUAAAAGUGUUCAGUGAGAUGCAGUACAAUGGCAUACGUCCGGAUACUAUUGUUUAUAACUCCCUCUUAGAUGGAUUGCUCAAGGCAAGAAAGUUGACAGAUGCAUGCAAUUUAUUCCACAAAAUGAUUGAAGAUGAUGGUGUCCGAGCCAGUUGUUGGACCUAUAAUAUUCUUAUUGAUGGAUUGUUCAAGAAUGGCAGGGCUUUGGCUGCUUAUACCCUAUUUUGUGAUUUGAAGAAGAAAAGUAAUAAUUUUGUGGAUGGGGUUACUUAUAGCAUUGUCAUUUUGCAUCUUUGUCGGGAAGGUAGGCUUGACGAAGCACUGAAGUUGGUGGAAGAGAUGGAAGCUAGAGGGUUUACGGUUGAUUUGGUUACCAUAACUUCUCUUUUGAUUGCAAUCUACAGGGAGGGACAUUGGGAUUAUACGGAGAGGCUUAUGAAGCACAUUAGGGAUAGCAAUUUAGUUCCAAUUAUUAUCAGGUGGAAAGACAGCAUGGAGGCAACAAUGAAAGCUCCACAGAGCAGAGAAAAGGAUUUUACACCCAUUUUCCCAUCCAACGGGAACUUUGGUGAUAUUCUAAGCCUAGAAAAUUUAACAGACGCUGAGACUGAUACUGCCUUUGGAGCAGAAGAUGCUGAGAUAGACCCUCAGGAAAGUGAUCUGUGGUCAUCAUCGCCGUAUAUGGACAUGCUGGCUAAUAAAGUUAGCUCCCAAAGUAAUGCUAAAAGGACAUUCUCUCUUACCGGAGGAAAAAGAGUAGACACUAAAGGUGCAAAUUCUUUUGAUAUUGACAUGGUGAAUACCUUCUUGUCGAUAUUUUUGGCCAAAGGAAAAUUGAGCAUGGCUUGUAAAUUAUUUGAAAUUUUCACCGACAUGGGCGCUGACCCUGUUAGUUACACUUACAAUUCUAUGAUGAGUUCAUUUGUCAAGAAGGGAUAUUUCAAUGAGGCAUGGGGCAUUUUACAGGAAAUGGGUGAGAAGGUUUGCCCUUCUGAUGUAGCAACGUACAAUGUCAUAAUCCAAGGCUUGGGAAAGAUGGGAAGGGCUGAUCUUGCUGGUGCCGUACUGGACAAACUGAUGAAGCAGGGGGGUUACCUUGACAUUGUAAUGUAUAACACCUUGAUUAAUGCCCUCGGUAAGGCUGGCAGAAUUGAGGAAGUAAACAAGCUUUUCCAGCAGAUGAAAGAUAGUGGAAUAAAUCCAGAUGUUGUCACUUACAAUACAUUAAUCGAAGUUCAUACCAAGGCAGGUCAGCUUAAGCAAUCUUACAAGUUUUUAAGGAUGAUGUUGGAAGCAGGGUGUGCCCCGAACCAUGUCACUGAUACAACUUUGGACUUUCUGGAGAAAGAGAUUGAAAAGCUGAGAUACGAGAAGGCAUCCAUAAAACGCCCAAAUGUAGAUAACCCUUUAUGAGAAGGAGCUUUAAACUUAAGAGGAGUGAGUCCAGCCGUCCAGGAGGCUCAAGAAGACGUUGAAUUCAUAGAACUUGGAGUGUCUAGAGUUCAUAGCAAAAGUUAAUUCAGAGGGUUGUCCAAAAUCAUUAAAUUGAAGCCACAAAGAAGCAGAAGAACAUCAUCUGAAGAAACUUGCUGAUGGCACAGAACUGAGCUCUCACAAUGGCUGUUUCUCAUCUUCGUUGGAUGGCUUUGAAACGGAAGCGUAUGUUUGGUGCUCAUGGACAAUGAGCUGCUGACUGGCUAAGUUUUAGAUGUCACAACAUAAUAGAAAGCUAUGUCUGUUGGCAGCAAAUACGUGUGGAUUGACCCUCAUAUGGAGUAUUAUAUACUCCAAAGAAUAAGAAGGUCAAGACACCUAGCUGUCAAUAAAUGGGAUGAAAAUCAUAGGAGGCCAGGGUUCAAUUCCUAACAGUGGCAACUAACGCUAAGUGACUUUGUUUUGAGAAGCGCUAAUUAAGUGAUUCUUUUUCUGAAGCAGUUAGUGACUUCUGCAUAUAUGUCGGUGAUCAAAGUUAUAUGGUUACUGUGUUGGUGGGACUUGUGGGGAGAACAUUGGUACUCUCAUGCAGAAGUAGGUAUGGCUCUUCUCGUAGAGAUAAGGCGUUCAAUGAAGAUGUGAAAUUGAAGAAGGUCGAAGCAAAGGCGAAGCAGAUGCGCAAGAAAGCGCGAGGAAGUGGAAGUACAAAAUUAUGGAGGUAUAUAUCAGCUGGUUGAACACCGCCUGAUAUGAACAAUUGGUUGGAUGUUUUAAUUUGUCGUGCCAUACAACGCAUGUAUUGAACUGCGUCCUAUUUUUACCAUUCUUAGUUUUCCUGAGAGUUGGAUUAUAUUAUUCAUUCUUUUCAAUUGAGCUA